UUUUGAGGGGAGUAACAUACUAAAUAUGACCUGUGGUUAUCCUAUGGUUCAUGUUCCAUCCAAAAUACGUAGCCCAUAUUCAAUUCUUCACUGUCAAUUAGGUGUUUGCAAUUCACUACUUGAACUACUUGCAGUGUGCGCCUGCCCUAAUUCUCAUCGCACGGAAGAGAGGUACUCCAGGUUCAUUUACCAUUUAACACUAUGACUCAGCUUCUGGGAGCCUGUCGAGCACUGUGUACUGCUGCAGUAUCAAGCUUCUCUCAGUACCUGCUGCAGCAUACCCACCAACACACAGGAACUAUUUUGAACCAAGUCAGAAGCAUGUCAACUCUGAAUCAGAUGCACAGACGAGGGGCUUUCAAGAGACCACCACCUAAACCUGGCCCGCUUGAUUGCCGGCCAUUUCUUCGUGGCGUUGUCUUGAGAACUCUCAUUAAGAAACCAAAGAAACCAAAUUCUGCAAAUCGGAAGUGUGUCCGAGUCCGAUUAAGCAAUGGUAAAGAAGUGACAGCUUACGUUCCUGGAGAGGGCCACAACCUGCAGGAGCACAGUAUUGUGCUUGUUCGAGGGGGAAGGGUGCAGGAUCUCCCAGGAGUCAAACUCAAGUGUGUCCGAGGGAAGUAUGACCUGACACAUGUCAAAAAGGACAAGAAGUGAUCCCAGUUUCAAUGGUCAAUGAAUGAAAGAGUGACUGCCAUGUUAGAGAACUAGACAUUGUGGAGUGUGUGAGCACAUGAGACAAACAUUUCAUUUUGCAUGGCAUCUUCUUGGAUGAAUAAAAUCUUGCAAAUUAUU